AUGUCUACCGUGUCCACGAUUGACGAGCGCGCGCAUCCGGGCUCUCCUUUGGACGCUUUCCCACAUGAACCCGUCCGUUCGCGUCCGCAGGAGGCGACACAUGCCGCGAGGCCAUCCCAAGAUUCUGCAGUGUCACUUCAAGACAACAAGGCACCAAUAACCCCUACGGCAGACGCGCGGUAUAGCUCGCUGCGUUCGAUCUUGCGCGAUCGGAAGACACCGGCGACAGGGCAAAGCGUACGCUUCUUCAGCCGUGACGCCUUCAAGGUGAUUACGCCGGACGUCUCGACCGCGAGCAGCGAGCCCGAAGAAGUGUCCUUCGCCGCACGUCUCAGUCGGGCCAGCGGAAAGCCCGCGAGGCCAGCGGCGCAAGAGCUGUUUGCGAAUACGAUGCCGGGUACGCCCAGUAUGGUCGGCUCGGGGAUGCCGAGUAUGUUGACCCAGGUUCCCCCGCCCAAUACGUCCAACAUCUUCGACCUGUCAACGGAGGUCGAGAUGCCGAUGAUUCCCGUUGGGCACGAUGCACCUCUCCUAGACAGCGCGGUGGAGAUCUCAGAGGCAGAGGCGCCAAACGAGGAGGCAGACAAGUCGAUGCCACCCACGCCUCCGUCGAAGCAGGGGAUGCACGACCGGAGCCAUUCGUUCAGCUUUGGGCAGACUGUCUUCCGUUCACUCGCAAGUCCCGUGGAGGAGGCGCGGACGAGCACGCCACCGCCGGGAUCGUCGUUCUCCAAGAGUCGAAGCCGUGCCAUGAGCGACACCGUGUUCCACUCGUUCAUGGGCGGGACGACAAAGAGUGCACCCGAGGCGGACAUCAACGACACGUCUGCACUCAAGGUUUACCCGUCGCACCCACCUUCGCCAACAUCGCCCGAACGACCGAAGGAGAAAGACCCUUUCGGAGCACACGCGACAACGUUCUUCACCCCGGGCACGGUGCCGCCGACGCCGCCGGACCACCCCACGCAUGCGCGGAAGGUUUCUCGUGAGGAAGACAACGCAUGGCGGCUGCAGACGGCGCUCGCGCUCAAGUCGGAGCUGUGUGCGCAAUACGAGCUCGACUUGGCUGCACGCGACGAGCUAGUCACACUCUUGCAGCAGCGCCUCACCGAGUGCGAGAAGGAAUGCGAGCGCCGGAAAGGCCUCGUAAAGGGCUGGCGCAAGCGCGUGGCGGAGCUGGAGAAGUGCGUGCGCGGCCUGAGCGAGGAGGUGGAGCGCAGCAGGGAGGAGGCGAGUGAGCGGAGCGUGAUGGACGAAGCCAGCGGGAUGGCGCUCCGCGAGAUGCACCGGCGGAUCGGGGAGCUGGAGCGGGAGUGCAGGGAGCGGGAGCGGAGAGAGGAGGAGGUGAAGGAGGAGGUGAGCAUGCGGGAGGACGAGCUGGAGCACAUCCGGGACGAGCUGCGCAGGAAGGAUGACAGCGAGCAGGAGCUGCAGCGAGGAAUUCGGGACGCGAGGGAGGAGAUGGAGAGGAUGCAGAUGGACCUCGAGAUGAGCGCCAACCUCGGCCCACCUGUCCCUGCGCCCUCCAGACGUGAUGCCUCAGGGGAGAGCGACUGGGCCGAGGAGCGCGCCCGCCUUCUUGCAGAGAACGAAGCCCUGCGCAGCGAGCAGAUCUCCCUUCAAGUACAACUCACUGAUGCGCGCGAAGACACCCUGCGCCGCGACUCGGAGUUGCGUACACUCAAGGAGGAGCUCGAGGCGCAGUGGCGGCACACCGAAGAGGCGGGUGAACAGAUCAACGCCCUCACGCACGAGCGUGACACGCUCAAGGCCGAGGUCGAUGCCCUCAACGAACGGGCGUCCACGAUGGAGGUCGAGUGGGCGCAGGGCGAGAACGGCAGGGAGGAACUGGAGAACGAGGUGCAAGAACUCUUGUCUGCGAAGGAAGAGCUCGAGCGCGAGUGCCGAGAGCUCGAGGAUCAAGUCCACGCUGCAGACGAGCACGGCAAUGAGCUCACUCGUGCACUACAAGAACGGGAAGCGCGGGUCACGUCUCUCACGCAAGAGAAACAGUACGCCACAGAUCGUGCCGCGCGGUUCGAGACACAGCUCAAGGUGCGCGACGCCGAGGCAGAGGAGAUGCGCGAGCGUGUUCUGGAGGCGGAGUUGGCCAAAGACGCCGCUGAGGAGGACGCGGUGCGCAUGAAGCGCGAGCACGCGCGGAUCGUGAACGAUCAGAGCCGCACACUGCAGGAGGUCGUCGCGCGUGAGGUCGAGGCGCGCGCCAACUUCGAGGCGCUCCUCAGGGAGAAGGGUGAGACUGGUGUCGAGCUCGGCUCACUGAGAGACCGGGCGAACGUUCUUCAGGAGGAGGUGGACAAGCUCCGGAAGCAGGUGCAUGCGUUGCAGCAGGAGAGCGCCGACAAGGAGAUGAGGCUCGUGAACCUGCAAAAGCAGAAGGCGCAGGACAAGGAGGACAUCCAGGGCCUGAACAUAGCUCUUGACUCGAAGCAGCAGGAGCUCGAGCUGCUCAAGCGCCGCAUGAACGUGCGCGGCGCAUCAGCCACCCCCGCUGCGCCCUCGAAGGUCCCCCCUCACAGACGCGAAUCAUCCAUCUUUGGCACACCCAGCGUUACUGGAUCGCGGCCGCCAUCCGUCUUGUCUGACAGCGGUAGCACGAUGAAGGGCAGGCUUGCCGAGACACCGUCGACAGUCAAGGGCAAAGGAGUGGACACUCCAUCGACUGUGAAGGGAUCCGCGCUCACUCGGAGCAUGCGCGCGAACGGGCCCGCCGCCACGACGACGACGACGGUGAGGAAACGGUCGAUCGAAGGCGCAAUGGGUCCGCCUCCGAGCCUCUCUCGCCAGAGCUCUGCGUCUAGCACUACGGGCGCGAAGGACAUGACCCCGACGCGGAUACCGUCCGCGUCGUCAGCGCAUCGCGCGUCCAUCGCGGGCCCGCCGAGUGCAUUCACGAAGACGCCCACCCCGACGCAUGUCCGGCGGACAUCUGUGUCGUCACGCCUGCCGACGUCGCUUGUGAGCCGCGACCGGGAGGUGUCCGGCUCGGCGAGUGAAGCGGAUGAGAAGGAGAAGGAGAACGCGGCGCCGAAGGCGAGGAGGAUGAGCAUGCUCGCGGCCUGA